AUGUCUCUGGUGAGAGGAACUGGUGAAUAUAGAACACUGUACGAUUUUUCAAUAGUUUCAAAUCCCGAUUAUUUAGAAAGCAAUGGUAAAAUAACUCCAAAUUAUUUGUCAGUAGAAGAUAUGACAACGAUUGCAAAAGAGUUGUUUGCAUGUGGAAUUUGUUUUAACAUUGCUUCUGGAGAGGAUUCAAAAGUCGGUAAAAAGACAUGCUUUGGUCCCAUCAAAGAAUGGGCAGUGGAAUAUCGGAGACUUCCUAUUAUAAGCAUUCUUGUGGAGUCGUCUCGAGAAACAAGCGAAUGGAUUGAGUUAAUAGGGCCUUCAAAGGAUUACUUUCAUAUAUUUAACAAAACAUACCAAAAGGUUUUUUUGUGUCACUCUUUGAUGGAAAUUGUACAAAAGUAUCCCUUAGAACCCUAUGAAGAGAUCAUUAAUCGACUCAGUAAAACUGAAUUAGCGUAUAUUUAUAAUCAAUAUGUCAGAGCUCCAAAACCAAAAGUGACUGAAGACUAUGUUUUAGAAAAUGCUCAAUAUAUUUCAGACCAAUUUAACAAAAUGAAAGACACAAGAUUAUUGAAUUCUUGUUUCUUCUUAAGGCUUCAAAAAAUCAUGCUACAGGGAGGAGUACUUUCUGACAUCAUGUCCAGUACAGAGGAAGAUGAUGACGAUGAAAUGGAGACUUCAGAUUCUGAAGAUGAGUAUAUUCCAGAUGAACAUUAUCACUCUAUUUCAAGUGGAUCUGAGGACGUCGUUUCAGAACCAUCUUUUUCCAGCUCAUCAUCAUCUGGAGAGGAAUAUCAACCUAAAAGGAACACAAAACAAGGUAAAAGGAGAAAUUUGAGUAUCAUUAAAAAAAAGAAAAGCUCAUCAGACACUGUCAUUGAAAAUGAUUAUAACGACGACAGUGAAGAUGUUAAAAAUCCAACAACCAAGCGAAAAAGCAACAAGAAAAAAGUGUCAAAGAAGUCAACUUAG